AUGAGUAUUCCGACCGGAACCAGCCCUGAGUUGGCCUCACCGGCGGCGACCAAUCGGUCGCUGGAGGACCAGGACCUACUGGAAAGAAGUACGAAGAAGACAAAAAGAAGGCGAGAACUACCAGUCAGCAUCGCAUCGCAACCAGGCACAGAGACGGUGGCGGAGACUCCAAUGGGGGACGAGCUAAUGUCGCCGGACAAGUGGACAACGCCGGCUGUGACUCCGAGCAAUGCAUGGCAUAGGAAAGAGGUAACUCCUCAAACUGAUCUUGAAAUUGUCUCUGAUGACGACGAGAUGGACGAGGAUGGCUUCGUCUCGGAACACCCAAUUAUCCGGGUAACCAAGGAAGAAAAAGAGAGGUUGCGCCGGCCAUGGCGCCGGUCACUCAUAAUCAAAAUCUUGGGUAGAACUGUUAGCUACCCGUAUCUUCUUCAACGUUUAAGGAAAAUGUGGAGAUCGGAGGCCCACUUCGACUUGAUUGCUCUCAGCCAUGAUUAUUACAUAGCGAAAUUUGAAUCGCUCAGAGACUAUGAAUAUGCGAAAUAUGAGGGACCAUGGAUGAUUAUGGACCACUAUGUGGUAGUUCAGGAAUGGCAACCUAACUUCAGUCCACGGAAGAAUAAGACCAGAAAAGUUCUGGUGUGGGUGCGAUUUCCAGACAUACCUAUUGAGUACUUCGAUGAUGAAUUCCUCAAGAAAAUUGGAAAAACAGUGGGACGACCGGUUAAAAUUGAUACUGCUACGAGCCUUGCAUCUAAGGGGAAGUUCGCAAGGAUUUGUCUAGAGAUCGAUAUAUCCAAGCCUUUAGAAUCGAAAUUUGUCCUAAACUUUGAGGAAUGGCCUAUAGAAUAUGAAGGAAUACACUCAAUAUGCUUUUCUUGUGGACGGUAUGGCCAUCGAACGGAGCAGUGCAGCCCGGAGAUACAGGCAGAAAAUGAACCGGGUGAAGGAAAUGCUUUACCUGAGAAAAGGCAAAUCAACAACCAAGUACCAAAAGAGAAAUAUGGUACUUGGAUGUUAGUUACCCGAAAAGCGAGAAGAUACCCAAAAAGGGACAACACAUCAGGAGCAGGAGUACAAAGGGGAAGAUAUCAGUCUUCGCCCAAGCCUAACCAAGCUGCAGAUAAUAGUAUAGGAGUGCAAUCUAGUUUUGCCUCUUUGGAUGGACUGGAGGAUACUGGAAUGGAGCAUGAUCAAAGAGAGCAAGGAAGGAGCCCGACAGCACAACAGACUGGACCUACACUGCCCAGAAUUAGAACCAGACGAAACAAGACACCAGACCAAAAUGAACAGAGAGGGGUGGCGAAUGAGAUGCCAAACAAUGGGACACAAAGGGACAUACCAAGGCAACCUGUAGCAGCCACUCGUGGAGGAUUCAGAGGCCAAUCGAGCCAAAGACCGAUGCCUAACCGAGCCGCUGCUGAGGACAGCCACACAGUAGUAAGAGGAUCAAACAAAGGAAAGAACAUAACUACUACCCAGGUCCACCAUACUGAGGACCACCCAGAAUCUUCAUACAUGGCUGGACUAGAGAAGGCAUACAUGGAUGAUCCACCAGAUACUGCCCACACCAACCGAAAUGUUGAUCUUGACGAACCACCGGAUGUGGCCUUGCAGGAGCAAGAGGAUUUUAUGAAUCAGGAUGGUGAUGUGGGUGCAGCUUCUAGUUCUUUUAAGCGCACCCUUCGUCAGUUUUGUAGGGAUUCUAAUCCCUCGUUGAUAUGUCUACUCGAGCCUAAGGUUUCAGGCAAUCAAGCCAAUAAGCUAUGCAAUAGCUUUGGCUUUGAUGAGUGGAUUAGGGUAGAAGCAGUGGGCUUUUCGGGAGGCAUUUGGAUCCUCUGGAAAAACUAUAUCAGCAUUGAAAUAAUUAGGACUAAUCCUCAAUAUAUUUCUGUUCAGGUGAACGAUUGCGAGAUGGGUCCUUGGGUGUUAUCCUUAGUAUAUGGAAGCCCUUGCCAAAGUCUUAAAAGGAAGAUGUUUGCUGAGCUUUCGCAUCAGAAUCUUGAUCCACAACCUUCCUGGUUAGCUGUUGGAGAUUUUAACGCAGUGACAGGACAUGAGGAAGUGAGCAAUCCAGCAAGCUUUUCAUCUACCAGAUGCAGCGAUUUUAAUGAUUGGAUAUUUAGGCAAGGCUUAAUCGAUUUAGGAUAUGAAGGAUCGAAGUACACUUGGAAGAGGGGGACCAAUACAGAAACGUUCAAAGGAGCUCGGCUUGAUAGAGCUCUAGGAAAUUUGGACUGGAAAAUUAAAUUCCCGGACGCAGCAGUAGUUCAUUUACCAAUGCUUUGCUCAGAUCACUGCCCGUUGCUUGUCAAUACCAGGAAAACCCGGACAAUACCCGCAAGCAGAAGUUUUAGAUUUAAUAUGGCAUGGACUACUCAUGCUACCUUUCAUGCUUUGGUAUAUGGAACUUGGAGCACCAAUGAUGAGUUGAAGCCAAAUUUGAAGAGGAUGGCAGAAGCACUCAAAGAUUGGAAUAUUAGCACAUUCGGCAACAUUUUUCAUAGGAAAAAGAGACUGCUAGCAAGGCUAAACGGGAUUCAGCAAUGCAUGACAGUCCAACCAAGAAGAGAUCUCCUAAAAUUAGAAACAAAAUUAAGGCAUGAAUUUGAAGAAACUCUUUACCAAGAAGAGUUGCUAUGGUUCCAACGCUCUAAAGAAGAAUGGAUUGUGUCAGGAGACCGCAAUACAAGAUUCUAUCACGCGGCAACAUCAGCAAAAAACAAACACGAUAGGAUUAAAGUUCUGAAGGAUGAAAACGGGCACAUACUUACUGAUGAAAGUGAAAUAAGAGAACACAUUCAAAGAUACUUCAUGGCCUUAUUCUCAAAGGAACCAAAUGCCUGCUCACAGCCACUAUUGCAAGGGGCUUUCCCGAGACUAUCUACCACUGAUUGGGCAGAGAUUAACAAACCUUUUGGCGCCAACGAAGUUAAGGAAGCAUUAUUUGAAAUGGCCCCAUGCAAAUCACCAGGGCCAGAUGGGUAUACAGCAGGAUUCUAUCAAAAAGCUUGGAGCUUAGUAGGAGAUAGCUUGAUUAAGUUCACAGAAGAAUUUUUUAGAGACGGCAAGCUGUUUCAAGGAUGUAAUGAUACCUUCAUAUCCCUGAUCCCCAAAGUGGGCAACCCGGAAUCAAUAAAACAGUUUCGACCAAUCGGGCUUUGUAACGUCGCAUAUAAGCUCAUAACAAAAAUGAUGGCAGUAAGGUUAAGAACCAUCCUCAGCAAGUUGAUCGGCCCAUUUCAAGCUAGCUUUGUGCCGGGCAAACAAAUCACAGACAAUAUCCUAGUUUAUCAAGAGGCCUUGAACUCAAUGAAGACUAAAAAAGGAAAGGUAGGAUGGAUGGUGAUGAAAAUAGACCUUGAAAAAGCUUAUGAUAGACUCUCUUGGAGUACAAUCGAAGACACAUUGGUAGAGAUUGGCUUCAACCAAACAUGGACAAGGAAUAUCAUGCAUUGCAUCUCCUCACCUAGGAUGGCAAUACUUUGGAACGGGCAGCAAACAGAUUGGUUUCACUCGGGAAGGGGAAUUAGACAGGGAGACCCUCUAUCCCCUCUACUUUUCGUUUUAUGCAUUGAAAGAUUCAGUCACAUUAUUCUUAACUCCGUUAGACAAGGUAGAUGGAAAGGGAUAAAAAUAUCUAGACUUGGCCCUUAUGUUUCUCACCUUUUGUUUGCAGACGACAUGACCUUAUUUGGGGAAGCAACAGUAGAACAAGCAGUUGAAAUGAAGAGGUGUAUUGAUCUAUUUUGCAUGAGUUCGGGGCAGAGAGUAAACUACCAUAAAUCGUCAGUGUUUUUCUCCAAAAAUACUAAUGAAGAGGUGCAAAAAAGAAUCGUUGACACCCUCGGCAUCCCUAAAGUUACCAACUUAGGAAAGUACCUGGGAGUCCAGUCCAUUCAUGGGAGGCUCAAACAAGAUUCAUUUGAAGGUAUCAUCGAUAGAAUCCGGUCCAAAUUGACUGGUUGGAAAGCAAAAUCACUUUCACUUGCAGGAAGACAUGUGUUGGCACAGUCAGUCCUAUCUACGGUCCCAUUUUAUGCCAUGCAGACCACCCUCUUACCGAAUGGAGUGAUAUCAGCCAUAGAAAAAUUAAUCCGGAGCUUUAUAUGGGGAGGUGACAGUGAUGGCAGAAAAGCUCACCUGGUUAAUUGGGAUACGGUAACCAAAAGUAAGGCUCAUGGUGGGCUGGGAAUUAAGAGGUUAGAAAAGAUGAAUCAUUCUUUCAUAGCUAAGUUGGGAUGGAGAAUCCUACAAGGGGAAGAUAGCCUAUGGAUCAGAAUUUUUAAGGCAAAAUACCAUCUUUCUGAUGUUGAUUGUCGAUUGUGGCAAGCUAGGAGUAACAUGUCCAAUGCGAUGAAAGGAAUCCUAAAAGCCAUCCCAAUUCUGGAGAAAGGAAUCAAAAGGCAUGUGAGAAAUGGACGCAACACUCUAUUCUGGACACAGGAAUGGCUAGAAGAAGCCCCACUACUAGAGCAUGCAACCAGAACAAUACCAUCUUCUGAUCAGGAUCGACUGGUGGCCAGCUACUGGAAGGCAGAUCUAGGUUGGCAGUGGGAUGAGCUUACUCAGUUCUUACCGGCGGAAACACUAAACAAACUGGCUCUGUAUCUCAUUCAUGAGGAAGAGGAAAGUAAUGACAAUGUAUGCUGGAAAAUGGAAGACUCCGGAGGAUUCUCGGUUGCUUCGGCAUACGACAUUGCCACAGGAAUGUUGGAACCAGUGGAAGCUGCAAAAUGGAAUAGCAUAUGGAAGUUGAAGGUACCCAACCGUAUUCGAACAUUUCUUUGGCUUGUUAAGCAUGGCAGGAUAAUGUGCAACAGUAACAGAGCUAGGCGAAGACUAACUGAUUGCGACAAGUGUGAUUUAUGCAACACCAAGACCGAAGACAUUGAGCAUGUCCUUAGGCGGUGCCCGGCAGCAGAGGAAGUAUGGAAAUCAAUAUCCCGACUUGAUUAUGAAAGAAUGAAGGAGGCCCCCUUUCAAGAAUGGUUGGAAGAUGGCCUAUCUGAUAAAAGGAAAGGAAGAGAACCAGCAAGUAAAAGCACGCUGUUUUCCACAACCCUCUGGUGGAUUUGGAAAUGGAGGAACGAAAGAGUAUUCAAUGGAUCAUCGAGACCCUUACAGUAUAAGAUAUCAUGGAUCAAGAUGCAAGCCAAGGAGACAACAACAGCCUUUGAUAGAGCCUUGGGUCGAGUUACGGCAGAUGAGUCCAGCAUUUGGAAGAUGCUCUCAUGGUCAAAACCGAAAGAGGACUUCGUUAAAAUAAACAUUGAUGGCUCGGUGGAUCUAUUGACAAACAGGGCUUCUUGUGGAGGAAUCAUCAGAGACAAUAGUGGAAGCUGGAAAAAAGGAUUCAUGUUUAAUAUGGGAAACUGCACCCCAUUUGAAGCGGAAUCUUGGGCACUUUUAAAGGGCAUUCAGCUUGCCAUUCAAAUGGGAGUUAAAAAAGCUAUGUUUGAAUCAGAUUCCUCUCUGUUGGUGAACUAUAUGACGGAUUCAAGACAACCAACGACGGCCGCCCACAACAUACUGGAAGGGUGCAAGAAGGAAUUGCAAAGGUUAGAAGCCUGGGAGGUGACUAAUAUAUCCCGUGAGCAAAACCAAGCAGCAGACAAACUGGCCAAGCUUGCGAGGAAUUUUCCCAAAGGUGUCCAUAUACUAGAUGAUCCUCCUGUAGCAAUAAUGGGCAUAGUAGAAGAUGACAUUAUGGGAUUGCCCUCUUGGCGCCAUGUGUGUAAUACAGUGUAA